UCUCGUAAUACCAAUGGAAAACGCGUCAGGUUUGCUGAAGACGAUGGUGGUCUGAGCAAUUCUGACAAUGACAUCGAGGAUGAGCUUGAGGCCGAUAUCACCAGCGGCCCUAAGCGGCGCGGCCGGAUCAAUGCUGACGGCUACGGUAGCGACGACAGUGUCCAAGAUGAGGUUGGCGAGAACAGUGACGAUGAGGCUAGUGAUGUUGAGGAAGGGGACAGCAAGUCUGCAGAGAAAAAUGACGACGACGACGACGAAGAUAUGUUCUCCGACAAUGGCGCUGGCCCAGGCACAUCCACCGCACACACAGCCAAGCGCAAGCGGUACUUGGAUAGCUCCGACAUUGAAGGCCAAGAAUUGAGUUCGACGGCACGGUUUGACAACACAGACGCCAAGGGCAAACAGAUAGACAUAGGGGAGGAUGAAGGGAAGGGUGGUAAGCUCGAGGCGUUCAACAUGAAGGAGGAGCUGGAGGAUGGCAAGUUUGACGAGGCUGGCAACUAUGUCGCCAACAAAAAGGACCCACAGGCACACCAAGACAACUGGCUUGAGGGCGUGUCAUCAGGUGCGAUCGAGCAGGCGCGGGUGUCCAAGCAGCGCCAGGAGCAACAGCAAAGGUCCCACGCACAAGAGCUGUCGGUGAAGUGGGACUCUGUGUCCAACGACGACUUGGUUAUUGCCAUUAUCAACUCCCUGAUGCCGCGCGAGACUGUCUUGAGUGCCCUGGCACGGAUCGGCGGACCAAAGAAGAAGGCGAAGAAGCGGUGGGGCAAGAAGGCCAAGGGUAAAGAACAGGAGCCAACUGGGGAGGAUAGGGAGCGGAAGCGCAAGAUAGAGGCAUUGACCGAGUUGGCCGACCAGAUGAUGGGACGGGGCGUCGUUGAUAUCUAUGAUCAGACACUUGAGCAGCUGGUACGGCAGAUGCGUGUAAAGGAGCGCAUCCCCGACGACUGGCAGCCA